AUGUCUGUUGUCGAUCACCGUCCUGCUGUAUGGCCCACGGCAGAUCCAGGCAUGACGGAAGAGAUCCUGGACCUAGUGCAACAAGCUAGCCAUUAUGGCCAAAUUAAGAGAGGCGUGAAUGAAGUGAUGAAGUCCAUAACUCGCUUCACGGCCGAAAUUGUCGUUAUCGCUGCGGACACCACACCUCUUGCGUUGGCGUCACCUCUCCCGUUGCUUUGUGAGGGCAAGGAUAUUGCAUACGUUUGGGUGCCUAGUAAGAUAGCACUGGGUCGUUCCUGUGGUCUCAGCCGACCUGUUGUUGCGGUCAGUCUCACUGCCAACAAAGAGAGCACUCUGUCUCCCCAGAUCACACUGCUCAAGAGCAAGGUCAACCAACUGGCGAUCUAG